AUGGAAUCCAUGAUGGCUCAGCAAGCAAUGGCUCCGGCCUUCUUCUACUACAGCCCAGACCCCAACCCAGAGAACAGGCAUCACGGGCACUUCAUCCCUCACCCUCAACCCCAAUCACACCACGCCCACCCCUACGCACACCACGCAGUGCCUCAACAGAUGCAGAUGUUCCCUCAGGUGCCGGUGCUCCCAUCGACACCACUGCCUUCGACACCAGGCUUCUCCCGACCCAGCUCCUCAUGCUCACAGCCACCCAUGCACACCCAAGGGAAGCACAGCUUCACCAGCGCUCCCCAGCAACAGGUGCUCACCCCUCAGGCAUCCCCAGUGCGGGUUCACCAGGCGCUCCACAGGCCAACGAUCGUCCUGGACACGGUCAAGUUCGACGAGACAGAUGGCAUGUGCUACCCUCAGACGCCACCACUGUCUGCCGCGGGCAGCGUGAUGGGCAGCCCUGGCAGCUGUGACAUGCUGGCGACCCCUCUCAACCCGAUGUUCUCGGGCCUCGAGGGCACCCCAAUGGGCAUCAAGGAGGAAGUCGAUGUUCUGCCCGUUGAGCAGUUCCCGAUGCUGGAGUGGAACACAUGCUCCUCGCCGCCAAUGACACCAAUGUACCUGCCCCAGCAGUCGCCAUACCAGGGACACGUACAGUUGCACAGCCAGGUUCAAGCUCAGGCACAGGCCGCCCAACCCCAGUACUGCGCAUCCGCACCCGCGUCCCCUGCUCCUGGCCACCAGUCCGACCUUGCCAUCACCAGCUCGUCCGUUUCGUGCCCAUCUCUUUCUCCCUGCCCUUCGCCCUACGCCGCUUCGGAGCAGGGCCUCGACUUCUGCGAUCCUCGCAACCUGACCGUCGGCACCGUCAACCCCACCCUUGCACCCGAGUUCUCCGCCCUGCCCACCUUGUGCGCCGGUGACAACGAGGAGAACGACCUUGUGCUCCGGGGCGACGCAUACGGCCAGCAACAAACAUCCCCUGCAAUUUCGCAACACGCCUCCACCUCUUUCGCCGAGGUCACUCCCCCGGUUCCCAACGGUCUGCCAAUCUUUGACGACUUCUCCGACCUCGACUCCGAGGACAACUUCGUCAACGGCCUCGUCAACCUUGGCGAGCAGCAAGCCCAGGCGAGGUCGCGAUCCAGCUCGGGAGUUACCUCGCACAGUUUCUCUGAGUACUCCGAGUACUCCGAGUCCUUCGGCAUGCCUUCUCCCCCAGACUCGGCUGCAAGCAGCAGCGACGGUCACCGUCAAAAGCGAAUCAAGACGGAAGGCGCUGCAGACUCUGAGCAGGGCAGCUCCGAGCCUCAGCAGACCCCCGAGCACCAGAACCAGAGUGGCAGCGCCGCCCCAGAGUCAACCACUCCCAACUGUGGCUCCUCUGGCGCUUCCGACAAUGGCAGCACCCCUCAGGUUCCCCCCUCAGGGCCCAACCGUCGUGGACGUAAGCAGUCCCUGACCGAGGACCCCUCGAAGACCUUCAUCUGCGAGCUUUGCAACCGCCGCUUCCGCCGACAAGAACACCUGAAGCGCCACUACAGGUCCCUCCACACUCAUGAUAAGCCCUUUGAGUGCAACGAGUGUGGCAAGAAGUUCUCGCGCUCAGACAACCUCACCCAGCAUGCACGCACCCAUGGCUCUGGAGCCAUCGUCAUGAACUUGAUUGACGACCCAAACAUGGCUGCCGCUUACGGCCACCCGCCACCAGGCAUGUCUUACGCCCCUGCAAUGGCUGGACCACCAGGCCCUGAGGAGUACAGCCACUUCGGCAAGGUUCUCUUCCAGGUGGCUUCGGAGAUUCCCGCCAAUGGCAGCGACAUGUCGUCGAACGAUGAGGACAGCAACGGCAAGAAGAAGAGGAAGCGUUCUGACUAA